UUCUGUUAUUUUCGUUCUAGUGAUAAUUUGGUCAGUAUUUUUUUUCUUAACGUUUACUGGGAGGGGAGUAUUGUGACGUUGCAAACAUUAGUUGAGGCGCUCGAGUCAUUUCUUUUUCCCGGUUUUCCUCUCUCUCUCUCUCUCUAUCUCUCUCUCUCCUCCCCUUUCUCUCUCUCUCUCUCUCGUGUCAUGGCGUUCUGCAUGCGGGCCUUUUAAGCCUCAGCGGUAGAUUUUAAUUAGUGCUCGUCCUAUUCCGCAUCGUGUGAUUUUACCCUAAGAUCCAGCUUCAUUGGACGCAUACGGAGACGACGUAGCUCUAUGAGGGCGCGAUCAGUAUUGGUAUUUUCCUACUGUGUGAUUUCAAAAUGUCAGACAUUGAUAAAUGGAUAGAUAUCGCGAAAGAAUGCAAAUACUUGCCAGAGAAUGAUCUCAAGAAACUCUGUGACGUGGUAUGUGAUUUAUUACUGGAGGAGUCAAACAUCCAGCCUGUAUCUACUCCGGUGACAGUAUGCGGCGAUAUACAUGGUCAGUUUUAUGAUUUAGAGGAACUGUUUCGCAAUGGUGGCCCCGUACCAGAUACAAAUUAUAUAUUCCUGGGAGAUUUUGUCGAUCGGGGCUACUACAGCUUAGAAACGUUUACUCGUCUGCUUACACUUAAAGCUAAAUGGUCUGACAGAAUAACGUUACUACGUGGUAAUCAUGAAUCUAGACAAAUCACGCAUGUUUAUGGAUUUUAUGAUGAAUGUCAAAACAAGUACGGCAAUGCUAAUGCUUGGAAGUACUGUUGUAGGGUAUUUGACUUGCUCACAGUUGCUGCCUUAAUUGAUGAACAGGUUCUUUGUGUACAUGGUGGAUUGUCUCCGGCUAUUAGAACAUUAGAUCAAAUUAGAACGAUCGAAAGGAAUCAAGAGAUUCCACACAAAGGUGCUUUCUGUGAUUUGGUUUGGUCUGAUCCAGAGGAUGUAGAAACAUGGACAGUAAGUCCACGUGGCGCAGGUUGGUUAUUUGGCAGUAAAGUGACUUAUAUGUUCAUGGAAGUGAAUGAUCUUAAACUCAUCUGUAGAGCACAUCAACUAGUUCAGGAAGGUUAUAGGUACAUGUUUAAUGACAAACUUGUCACAGUGUGGUCAGCCCCAAAUUAUUGUUAUCGAUGUGGUAACAUAGCUAGUAUCAUGCAAUUCACAACAGUAGAUCAAAGAACACCCGUGCUGUUCCAGGCAGUGCCUGAUUCCGAGAGAGUAAUUCCACCUCUAACGCCCACUCCGUACUUUUUGUGAUCUAUCUUAGCGGCUCAUUUGUACGGAUACAGAAGAGAAAUGUCUGUGUCUAGACUUUACGGAAUUACAUGAUUUGAUUGACCAGAUCCAGGCUGGUACCAUGACGGAACCAUACAUUAGUGAAAAUAUAUCACAAACCGAUUAUACUCUAGAAAAUUUUAAUUCCUUUGAAAGAAAUUGUUUCAUGCAUUCUACGAUCGAAGUAUGAUAUUUAGAGGACUGAAUUAUGGUGUGAUUACUCUUAUUCAGGGAAUGUUCUUUAGAUUUUUUAAGAACUUUAUCAGGUUUUACAUAUUGUAAAGCUAACUUUUAUAUAUUAAUACAUAGUAUCUGCCAUUGCAUCAGCCUGUUUUUUGUGGCUCGAGAAAAAAAGAAAAUGAUAUUUUGCAUUAGAGCAAAUGUGAAUAUUCUGUGGUCUAGACGCUUUUGCUGUCUACUAUGUACAUUCUGUAGAGCAUUCAUAUCUCAGAGCAGCAUUCUGGACUUAAAUGUUCAAAAAACUAAAACCUUUUAAAUAAUUUAUGCGCGAAUAAUGCGAAUAGUCCAGUGCUGUAUAUAAAUAAAAAGGAAAAAAAAAAAAGAAAUACACGUUCACACAUUCCGAUAAGAAAUACACUCUCUGAGUACAAUGAAUGCUUCUCUGACAUUACAAUCGUGCGUAGAAUUCAGGUUUAUUAAAGCGUGAGCAUAUAUAUAGUACUGUUAAGGUCUUCCUAAACAUAUAAGUGAUCUGUUGCUGAUUUAGGUACUGUGUGUGUGCUGUUCUUUUUUUUUUAAAUGCGCAAUCAGUGUUCUUAGUAAAAAUCGUAAAUUCGGCCCUUUUUCGCCGAAGUACAAAUAGCGUGUAGCAGUAGCCAAAGUUUUCCUGUUUAGAUAAGGAAAUCCGAUAGCGAAAUCGUUAUAGCAUCUAUAUAUAUAGAGAGAAUUUUCUUAUUAUUUUUAGCACAAGAUUUUUAGCACAUUUUUUACGCUUAAUUUUAAGAAAUUUUAAGCUCAAAUAUUAUCGCUAAACUAUCUUGACACAUAUUGAUAUUUUUUUCAAAAAAAAAAAGAUCCACCAUUCGUUUGUCACUUCACUUCUCUAUAUACAUAUAUGUACAAAGCAAUAUUUUCAAAAAACUAUUGCAUUUUCUGAAUCUUUGUACAAUUUCCAAUAUCGUAUGCCAAAUCGCUGUCGUAUUAAAUAAUCGUAAUUAGCUAAUUGUUAUAAGUUCAUUAAUGUAGGGAGCAACUUAAAAAGAGAAAAGAACCGAGACCCUUAGCAAUGUGCCUCUAAAUUAAUAAGCGUUUGUGUAAUAUAAUGAUACGAUAUUGAUAUGACAUAAUUGUAAUAAUAAAUGGAAAUGCACCGGCCAUUGCGUAUCGUAAGCCUGAAUUCUGACCAUCGAUUUUUGCUAGCUCACGAUAAUUCCUAACCGAUCACAGACCUAACAAAUAUAUUGGCAUUGGCAUUGUGACAUAGGUUGUCAAGUUGAGACUACUCUAUUUUGAAUUUUGUGAUAUAGACCGAAGGUGCAAUGUCAUGUCGAUGUUUAUAACGACUCUCCUUGUCGCAUCAUUCGAAGAAGUUUUGUGAGAACCCGUUAUAAUCCAAGAAAUACAAUAAACUUUUGAACAGUGCCUUCAGGACUAUAACACGACGGUCUACUAGAAAUAUAAUUGCUUUCUUAUUGACAGAUAAUCAUAGACGAACUAACAUAAGGACGACGAAUCAUACACCAGAGCUUAAGACCUGAGAAUGCGUAUGAGGAAAUUUUUAUUACUCUUUUUUUAAUCCAUAAAUCUUCCGCUACUAUUUGAAAAACAAAAUUUUAAUUUUUCAAACUUUUCUACGAUGUUUACGUUUCACAAUUUUACUACUUUUUAGGUCUACUCUUACAUUUUUACAUCACGUGCGCGAGAUAUUCCCUAUUUGUACUACAAUUAUUAUAACGUAACAAUUGUACGACACUUUACACGAGUAACGUAUUACAUUAGGUAAAUGAGCGCAUCUAGAACGAAUCGGGGACACGGAGCUUGCGUUACAAACUCGACUCACUACAUUUGCAGCCUCCGAGUCGUGAAAUAGGUGUAACGACGGGAACGCCCUACAUAUGAUAGCAUAACAUAGAAGUUCUUUAAAAUAAAGUAUUAGCCUCUGUAUUUACUAUCGGGGUGUUCGCGGCGUUUCGUCCACCAGAAUGCCUCUGUCUGUGAUCGCUUUAAUCUUAUCGAAGUGUCCAAGCGCUUGCGACGACUCGAUAAAUAAUCGGUAAGCUCGCGAGAGAAAGAAUAAAUAAAGACAACUUGCAAAAUAAAAUAAAAUAAUGAAGACUAAUUUAGCUUAAUAUGCUCCGUGCAGGAGCUUGAACACUGCGCAUAAUCCUUAAAGAUCUCACAGGUAGACAUCAUUUUAAAACGAUCAUCAUGUACCUUGAAAGUAUAGACUUUGUUAUGUUAAUGUAAUGAAGAACGUCUGUAAUAAAAAUACGCAAAAAAUCGUA